AUGCGUUUGGCCCAGGGACCACUAAUGAACGUACGGCACAAUGGCGGUUCAAGAAUUUCCGCGGCGAUCCUCUAUGACAAUCGACGACGUUUGGUUCAGUGGUUGAACCGCAAUCAAGCUCCACAACAGGUUAUGAAGGUUAUGGUGACUGUUUGGUGGUCUGUAGCCGGUGUCAUCCAUCACAGCUUUCUGAAUUCGGGCGGAACGAUAACGGCGGAUAAGUACUGCCAACAAAUCGACGAAAUGCACCAGAAGGUCCGACGUAUGUGCCUGAGAUUGGUCAAUAUGCAGGGAUCAGUUCUCCUCCACGACAACGCACAGCCGCACGUUGCACAACCGACCCUGCAGAAGUUGAACGAAUUGGGCUACGAGACUUUGCCUCAUUCAGCAUACUCACCGGACCUCUCGCCCACCGACUAUCGCUUUUUCAAGCGUUUCGACAACUUCCUCCGCGAGAAAUGCUUCAAAAACCAAGACAAUGCCAAGAACCCUUUCAACGCUUUCGUGGCCUCCAAAGUGCCAAGUUCUACUCAAGCGGCAUAA